CAACAAUGGAGUUGAGAGAUGCUGGUCGUCUGUUUGUGGGUCUCAUCUUUUACAUUUCAGGUGUUAAUGGAGGAGAAACCAGGAUUUGUGCUUUCAAAGGUUCAUCAGUGGAUCUGCACUGCUCACAUCAACAUCUGACUUCAAGCAGAAAAUGGUUCACUAUAGGCUGGGAUGGUCACAAGUAUGUUCAGAGUGAGCUCUCUGUGGAUGGACAACGUGUAACAUACAACAUGUCUGAAGAGAAAAACCCAAUUUUAACCAUCAAUGAUCUAAGAGAGAGUGAUGCAAACACUUACUGCUGUAUGAAGACUACAGACAGUCGAGGACGCUGUUGGUACAAAAGAAUUAGUCUUCAAGUAGUUGCAGAGCUGCAGGUAAAGGUGAUUCCUGCCACAGAGGGACAGACAGUAACACUGAUGUGCAGCAGCAGCUGUCCUCUGACUGAAAAGCCUGCAGCCUACAUCUGGUACAAGAACAGAGAGUUUCUCUAUGAGGACUGGUCUCCCUGGUACCAAGAGCUGCUCAGCAGUGAGGAAGCAGUCACAUACUCCUGUGCUGUCAAAGGCUACGAGGAUCUCAGAGCCCCUGAAGUCUCUGUGGAUUCAAUAACAAAGACAUGUUUCAGAGUGACUUGUGCUUAUGGAAACAUUUCUUCCCACAAUCAGACAUUAGGGGAUGAGCCGUGCUCCAUCACAUAUCCCAGAGAGGUUCGUGUUCAAAGAACUUCUUCCAUCUCAGGGUUUGUCACACUGACCUGUAUCACCAGCUGUAACCUGACUAACCAUCAAACUGGCUACAUGUGGUAUCACAACAAACAAAACUAUUAUGAGAAUCAAGAUUAUUUAGUUGAUAACUCUUCAAGAGACACAUUCUCUUGUACAGUUAAAGGUCACAAACGUAUUCAAUCCAAGGAAGUUUGUGUUCAGGAUAAAAACUGCUGGAGAGUGAAUUAUGUCAGCAGGAGGAUCUGUGCUCUGGAAGGAUCUUCAGUGAACAUCACAAGUGAAUACUCACAUCCUGAUAACAUGAAGCCAGAGUUUAAAUGUUGGAGUAAAAAAUGGAGAAAAGAUAAAGUGGAAGUUGAAGAGGUGAUCGAGGCUGCAGGUCGUGUGGAGUAUCAGGACAGCAUGAAGAACCAACACAUCCUGACCAUCAACAACCUGAAGAAGAAUGACUCAGGAGGAUACACAUUCAGAUUCCAGAAAGAUCAUGAAGGAUGGACACAGUCUGAUCUGCCUGGAGUCUUUUUGAUUGUCACAGAGCUGAGAGUGAAGAUGAGUCCUUCUGCAGUGGUGACAGAGAGUCAGAGAGUCACACUGACCUGCAGUACCAGCUGUCCUCUGACUGACAACACAAACUACAUUUGGUACUUGAACAGUCGACCUCUGACCCCGAGAGAGAACCAGAACAAACAUCUGAUCCUAGACCCAGUCAGCAGGGAGGAUGCAGGAAGCUACUCCUGUGCUGUGAAAACCAACAAAGAUAUCAGCUCUGCUCCAAAGACUCUCACUGUCCAAAGUAUCACAGGAAGGACACGAGGAGUUUCUGUAAUAAUUCUGGUUUCAAUACUUCUCUUUUUCUUCUUUUUGAUUAGAAAAAAGUGGACUAUGAGUCAGUCUUCCACAAAUGAACCAUCAAACAAUGUAGUGGAGCUAAAUCCUGAUCCUGCGUGUGAAGACGUCUUAGCUCAGCCACAGGUGGAGGAUGAAGUCCACUACAGCAAAGUCUACAUCUUCAAAAACCACACAGAUCCUCUUUUUUCCACCAUAGAGCCACUUCAGCCCAGAGACGAGCAGCAUGCUGAUUACGCUGCUGUGAAGUGUAGAUAUAAAACAAGCUCUGAUGGAGAAUGUGUUGUCAUUUCAGCAGAAACAGACGACAGUUAAAGACCUGCAGAAGUACACUGUGGUGAACGAACCUUUUAACAAACCUCUGCCUACAUUUAAAAUCUUGUGCACUGCACUGAAUCUUGAUUUCACAUUAUUUAUACCUUCUUUCUGUUCGAUACAGUGAGGUUAGGCAUUUUGAUGAGCUUCACAUGUUACUCAUGUGAAUGGAAUAAUUCAUGGCCAUGUAAAUAUUAUUGUCAUGUAUUUUCAAUCUUAAUCCAUUUUAGCAGGUUAGAGCAAUUACACACAAUGAAAGGAUCUUCAACAAUAAAACUCUAAGAAAGAAGGGAUACAACAGCUGUAAUGUUUGCUGCGGGGAUGCUCCUCAUGGGUAUAUAUGUGCUGUCAUCACACUGGACACUGAAAAUUUGAGAAUAACUAUUUGAAAGUUAAACAGUGUUUGGGAAACUCACUGCAUUAUAGACUUGAUUUUGUCACAGUGCAGAAUAUUUAGGUUCACUUUUUUUGCUUGCUUUCAUUCCUAACUGUAUUUUAAACACGUUUGUACA